CCAGGCACAGCAGGCACCCUGCAGCACCGCCGUGGUAGGUCUGCCUGCUCCUUCCUGCGGGGACAGCUGGGGUCUGCUCGGCACACAGGGCACCACUGUGGGACAGCACUGCGCUUGGAGGAUGUGGGCUCUCGGCUCUUGUGGCGUCUGCUGCCUGGGCAUCGCUGUCUUCACAUGUGGCGUGGUGAUGCAGGUGGGGGCCUGGACAUACUAUUACAGUGAGGAGGACUAUGAGUGGGACGAUGCCAGGACAUACUGCCAGACGUUCUUCACCGACCUGGUGGCCAUCCAGAACAAGGAGGAGAUUGAGUACCUCAAUCGCACCCUGCCCUAUCAUGGCAAAUACUACUGGAUUGGCAUCCGCAAGCUGAGAGGUAUCUGGACCUGGGUGGGCACCAAGAAAGCACUGACAAAGGAAGCGGCCAACUGGGCCACUGGAGAGCCCAACAACCGCAAGUUCAACCAGGACUGCGUGGAGAUCUACAUCAAGCGGUCAUCAGAGGCAGGCAAGUGGAACGAUGAGCCUUGUACGAAGAAGAAGAAGAAGGCACUGUGCUACAAGGUCUCCUGCCAGCCCCUGAUCUGCGGCCUGCAUGGUGACUGUGUGGAGGUCAUCCAGAGCUACAAGUGCGAGUGUCACCCCGGCUUUGAAGGGGACAAGUGUGAGAAUGCUGUGCAGUGCCCCAUACUCGAACCCAGAGCAGCAUACAUGAACUGCAGCCAUCCGUUUGGAGACUUCAGAUAUAACUCCACCUGCACCUUCUGGUGCUCGGAAGGGUUUGAACGGCGAGGUGCGGAUGAGCUGCAGUGCCUGGCUGAUCGGCAGUGGUCGGCGGAGACCCCCACAUGCACAGCUAUCACCUGCCCAGAGCUCAGAGCUCCAGAGCAUGCAGAGCUGAACUGCUCCCACCUUCAUGGGAACUUCGCUUUUGGCUCCAUAUGUGACUUCUCCUGCCAGCCAGGGUUUGAGCUCAUGGGGUCACAGAGUCAUGAGUGCAUGGCCACGGGGAACUGGACUGGAGACAUUCCACGUUGCAAAGCUGUCACCUGCCCAGUACUCAGUGCUCCAGACCAUGGAGAGCUACACUGCUCCCACAUCCAUGGAAACUUCACCUUUGGCUCCACAUGUGACUUCUCCUGCCUGCCAGGGUUUGAGCUCAUGGGGCCAGUGAGCCAUGAGUGCACAGCUAUGGGAAUCUGGACUGGGGACACCCCACAGUGCAAAGCCAUCAGCUGCUCAGUGCUCAGUGCUCCAGAAUAUGGAGAGGUAAACUGCUCCCACAUCCAUGGAAACUUCACCUUUGGCUCCACGUGUGCCUUCUCCUGCCAGCCAGGGUUUGUGCUGAUGGGGCCGCAGAGCCGUGAAUGUAUGGCUAAAAGAACCUGGACUGGAGACAUUCCACGUUGCAAAGCUGUCACCUGCCCAGUGCUGAGUGCUCCAAAGCAUGGAGAGCUGAACUGCUCACAUCUCCACGGGAACUUCACCUUUGGCUCCAUAUGUGACUUUUCCUGCCAGUCAGGGUUUGAGCUCAUAGGGCCAGAGAGCUGCGAGUGCACAGCUAUGGGGACCUGGAGCAAGAGCACUCCACAGUGCAAAGCCAUCACCUGCCCAGUGCUUGGCGCUCCAGAGCAUGGAGAGCUGAACUGCUCCCACAUCCAUGGAAACUUCACCUUUGGCUCCACAUGUGACUUCUCCUGCCUGCCAGGGUUUGAGCUCAUGGGGCCAGUGAGCCAUGAGUGCACAGCCAUGGGGACCUGGACUGGGGACACCCCACAGUGCAAAGCCAUCACCUGCUCACUGCUUACUGCUCCAGAGCAUGGAGAGCUGAACUGCUCCCAUGUCUAUGAGAACUUCACCUUUGGCUCCAUCUGUGACUUCUCCUGCCAGACAGGAUUUGAGCUGAUUGGGCCACAGAGCCGUGAGUGCAUGGCCACUGGAACCUGGACUGGGGACACCUCGCAAUGCCAAGCGAUCAGCUGUCCAGUGCUGGAUGCCCCCAGCCAUGGCUACCUCAACUGCUCUCAUCCACAUGGGAACUUCACAUUCAACUCCACUUGCAGCUUUUCCUGCAAAGAAGGAUUUAUCCAGAUGGGAGCAGAGAUGCUCAGGUGUUCAGCCACAGGGAACUGGACCAGGCAUCCCCCAGUCUGUGAAGAGGAUUCUGCUGCUUUUUUGAAACAAGUUCUGGUUUACACCAGCACCAGUGCCCUGGCAGCAAUUGGCCUUGUGCUUUCCGGAACGCUCAUCGCCUUGCUUGCCAAGCAGCUCAGCGACAGAGAGGAGAAGAAGAAGCUCCUGAACCCCACCAGUGACCUGGGGGCACCAGGCAUCUUCACCAAUGCAGCCUAUGACUCCACCUUGUAAGGUGAAUGCCAGCACAGUGCUUGCAGCACAUUGGAAGGCAAAGCGGAGCCAGAAGCACUGUCCCCACCAGCACCGAGCCCUGACUGUACUUCGCUUUGCCCUGCAGACCCUCGCUGCCUGCUGGCCUGAAGCUGCACUCGGGGGCUGGGAGGGCAGAGCUGUGUACCUGCCCUAGUCUACACCCACGCGUGGGCAAGGCCGCUAAAGAGCAGCAGGGACGUGGAAAAGCGGACUGUAGCUCCCCUCCCGUCCCCGGCCUGCUGCUGGGGCCGGGUCCGUGCCAACGGGCUCUCAAUAAACGCCUUUG